AUGAAUUUUCAAACGCACCAUUCAGGGCAGAUAUCAGGGCAGGUAUCGAACCAAGCUGGUACUAUGUUGCCUGGGUUGCCACAGCAAAAUGGAAUUUCUAUAUCUGGGCAGAUGCAAAAUCCUAAUGUUCAUCGUGGUGUCUCAAAUGCGGACGGUGAAUAUGCGAAAACUCGCAGAUAUAUGCAAGAAAAGAUCUGGGAAUUUCUUAUGCAGCGCCGGCCACAAUCUCAGGACGUGCCUAAUAAGAAAAUGCUUGAUUUAGUGAAACGUCUAGAAGAGGCCUUGUUCAAGAGUGCCACGACAACGGAGGAAUAUCUCAACCUUGCAACUUUAGAGACCCGUUUGCAUGUUCUGAUAAAACGUCUACCUAUGAGCAAUCACAACCAGCAGUUUUCAUCACAUGUUAACUCUUCUCCUUCUGUUGGUACAAUGAUCCCAACUCCCGGAUUGCAGCAAACAGGAAAAUCUAGCAUUGCUGGGACCCAGUCUGUAGCUAGCUCUGUUCUUGUUAAUAACACUUCCAAUACAAUUUCUUCUGGCAAUAUGCAUGGUGGUUCAUUCGGUACAUCUGAUGGAGCUUUCACCAGUGGAUAUCAGCAGUCUUCCGCUUUCUCAAUGAAUAAUGGGGGAAAUAACAUGGUGACAUCGAUGGGUGUACCGAGAAUGACGAGUCAGAUGAUCCCUACUCCUGGAUUUAAUAGUAACAAUAAUAAUAGUAAUUCCAACAAUAAUGAAAUAAACAACCAUUUGAAUAAUCAAUCAUUCAUGAAUAUGGAGCCGUCCAGUAACAUUGGCGCAUAUCCAGCUGUUGAACCUUCGAUUGUAUCACAGCCUAUGCAACAAAAGCAGCGCGCUGGUGGACAAAACAGUCGCAUUUUACAUAAUAUUGGUGUCCAUAUGGGUGGUGGGAUUAGAUCUACAUUGCAGCAAAAGUCCUAUGGAUUGUCAAAUGGGACAAUAAAUGGAGGGUUGGGAAUGAUGGGAAACAAUAUGUCGAUGAUGAAUGGUCCAGGAACAACUGAGGGAUAUUUAUCUGGAACAAUAUAUGGAAACACCAUCAAACCCGUGCAUCAACAAUUUGACCAACAUCAGCAGCCAGUAACACAGGGUGAUGGAUAUGGAAUUGGUGCUAAUGAUGCUUCAGUGUCUGGAAACCUUUAUGCUCCUGCAUCAUCUGUCGGGUCAAUGAUGAACAAUCAGAAUUUGAAUGCCAUGUCCAUGCAAAAUCUGUCAAAAACAACAUCCUCGCUGAUGAUUAAUAGUCGGUCAAAUAUGCACCCCACUCAGACUCGGUCGAUGACAACUAUGAAGCCUCAAUUAAUCGAUCAGUCUGAAAAAACGAAUUUUCAACCACAAUUUUCUGGUAGAGAUAAUCUUGCACAACCCAAUCAUCAACAUCAACAAUUUCAACAACCGUCUCAUCAGUUACAAUGCCAGCAGCUGGUCCAGCAUCAGAUCCAACGUCAAAACCAGUUCUCUUCAAAUAAUGAGACAGGACCUCGUGAUGAAGGUCUUUUGACACAAGUCUCUGACCCCUUUCAGUUCUCUGAUAUGCAGAGUCAGUUUCAGCAGAAUCCUAUGGAGGACCGUUUGAGAGUUAAUCAGUUGAUUUCACAUCAACCUGGGUCACAGGAUGUCAGUUAUUCACUUGCUCAAACUCCAAAUCAGAUGCAACAAAUGUUGAAUCCUCAACAAUUUGCCCCCAACUCUCAGAGUGAUUUGGUUGGUCUUUCUGGUUCUGUUCCGCAGGAAAUGGCAAUACGGGGCCAAUGGUCUCAUGUCUCAGAGAGACUCCCACUUGAUCAAAAUGUACAGGAGGAAUUUCAUAACAAAAUAAAUGGGCAAGAUGUUGCUCAGCUGAAUAAUUUGUCAUCUGAAGAGUCUAUGAUUGGCCAAUCGUAUGCUUCCAGAUCAGCAGAACCACCCAACGACGGGAACAAUGCUGCGUGUCGACCUAAUAACAACCUUGAUCGCGAGAAGCAGUUCAAGAAUCAGCAGAGAUGGCUGUUGUUUCUAAGACAUGCCCGUCGAUGUCCGGCCCCGGAAGGAAAAUGUCAAGAGUCUAAUUGCUUAACUGUUCAGAAGCUAUUGGAACAUAUGGAGGAUUGCAAUGUAUUUCAGUGUACAUAUCCUCGUUGCCGUGUAACUCGAGGCUUAGUUAACCAUCAUAGACGAUGUCGCGAUACUAGCUGCCCGGUAUGUGUUCCUGUUAAGAAUUUCGUGCAACAGGCACAACUAAAGGCAAUUGCUCGUGCUGAUUUCGGUUCAAGAUUGCAUGCUUCUGUCAACGGUGCUUGUAAACCGUCUGAGAGUGCUGAAGUUCCUAAGUCGAGCCCAACGGUGGCUGUAACUCCUGAAGAUCUACAGCCUUCUAUUAAGCGGAUGAAGAUCGAACAAGGACCCCAGUCCGUUAUUUCUGAAAGUGAAACUUCUGCUUUCCUAGCUUCUGCUGUAAACGAAACUCCUCUACAGGGUGCACAGCAUUCCGAACAGCAUCACGAUUCACAUAUUCCAAUGAAAUCUGAAACUGCUGAAGUGAAGAUGGAAGCAUUGGGGAGUAUUGAGCAAUUAAGUUCCAAAAAAAUCGAAAUGAAAAAAGAUAACUUGGUAGAUUCUUACAACCAAAGGCCAGAAGUCGAUCCUACUGCAUCCAAAACCUCUGCUGGCUUUGUUACACAGGAGGUCGUUAAGAAUGAGAAGGAAAUGGGGCAGGCUAAGAUGGAAAAUCUGCCUUUACCUUCUGAGAGUAUCUCGAAGUCUGGGAAGCCAAAAAUAAAGGGUGUAUCAAUGAUGGAGUUGUUCACCCCUGAACAAGUCCGGCAACACAUUACCGGUCUUCGACAGUGGGUAGGCCAGAGCAAAGCGAAAGCAGAGAAAAAUCAAGCAAUGGAGCACUCAAUGAGUGAGAAUUCCUGCCAGUUGUGUGCAGUUGAGAAGCUUACUUUUGAACCACCUCCUAUAUAUUGUACACCUUGUGGUGCUCGCAUUAAGAGGAAUCAUAUGUAUUACACCAUUGGAGCUGGUGAAACUCGCCAUUAUUUCUGCAUUCCGUGCUAUAAUGAGACUCGUGGUGACACCAUUGCAGUUGAUGGGUCUGCUAUUCCAAAGGCAAGAAUGGAAAAGAAGAAAAAUGAUGAAGAAACUGAAGAAUGGUGGGUUCAAUGUGACAAAUGUGAAGCUUGGCAACAUCAAAUAUGUGCAUUAUUCAAUGGGAGAAGAAAUGAUGGUGGCCAAGCCGAGUACACUUGUCCGAAUUGUUAUAUAGAAGAAGUUGAAAGAGGUGAACGCGUGCCAUUGCCACAGAGUGCUGUUCUAGGAGCUAAGGAUCUGCCGAGAACGAUUUUGAGUGAUCACAUGGAGCAACGUUUAUUUGCAAAGUUGAAGCAAGAAAGGAUGGAGAGAGCAAGAGUACAAGGCAAAAGUUAUGAUGAGGUUCCUGGAGCUGAAUCACUGGUUAUACGAGUGGUGUCAUCUGUAGACAAGAAGCUGGAAGUUAAACCACGGUUUCUUGAAAUUUUCCAGGAAGAAAACUAUCCUGUUGAGUAUCCAUACAAGUCCAAGGUGGUGCUAUUGUUUCAGAAAAUUGAAGGUGUUGAAGUAUGCUUAUUCGGAAUGUAUGUUCAAGAAUUUGGAGCUGAAUGUGAACAGCCAAAUCAUCGCCGAGUCUACCUGUCUUACUUGGACUCGGUCAAGUAUUUCAGGCCGGAGGUUAGAGCAGUGACAGGAGAGGCCCUUCGGACAUUCGUGUACCAUGAAAUUUUGAUUGGAUACUUAGAAUACUGCAAAAAACGAGGGUUUUCAAGCUGCUACAUUUGGGCUUGCCCACCAUUGAAAGGGGAAGACUACAUUUUAUAUUGCCACCCAGAAAUUCAGAAGACACCAAAAUCUGAUAAACUGCGGGAAUGGUAUUUAGCCAUGUUAAGGAAAGCUGCUAAGGAAAAUAUCGUUGUUGAACUUACUAAUCUGUAUGACCACUUCUUUGUUACCACCGGUGAAUGUAAAGCAAAGGUUACUGCAGCUCGGUUGCCAUACUUUGAUGGAGAUUAUUGGCCUGGUGCAGCAGAGGACAUGAUCUUUCAGAUACAACAAGAAGAGGAAGGGAGAAAACAGAAUAAGAAGGGAAUGUUUAAAAAAACCAUUACGAAAAGAGCUCUAAAGGCAUCCGGCCAAACUGAUCUCUCCGGAAAUGCAUCAAAGGAUAUUCUGCUAAUGCAUAAACUUGGUGAGACUAUAUCGCCAAUGAAGGAAGACUUUAUCAUGGUUCACCUACAGCAUGCUUGCACACACUGCUGCGUGUUAAUUGUUUGUGGAAAUCGUUGGGUUUGCAAACAGUGCAAAAACUUCCAGCUCUGUGACAAAUGCUACGAUGCUGAGAGAAAACGUGAAGACAGAGAGAGGCAUCCCAUUCACCACAAAGACAAACAUCCACUCUAUCCCUUUGAAACCACGGGAGUCCCCGAGGAUACGAAAGAUAGAGAUGAAAUUCUCGAGAGCGAAUUUUUCGACACGAGGCAGGCAUUCCUAAGCCUUUGUCAAGGAAAUCACUAUCAGUAUGAUACUCUCCGUCGAGCUAAACACUCGUCAAUGAUGGUUCUUUAUCAUCUCCAUAACCCUACUGCACCAGCUUUUGUGACAACGUGCAAUGUGUGCCACCUGGACAUCGAAACCGGACAAGGCUGGCGAUGCGAGACUUGUCCUGACUAUGAUGUGUGCAACGCGUGUUAUUCGAAGGAUGGAGGAAUUGAUCAUCCUCAUAAAUUGACGAAUCAUCCAUCAAACGACCGGGAUGCACAGAACAAGGAAGCUAGACAAUUACGAGUCAUGCAGCUGAGGAAAAUGCUCGAGCUGCUGGUGCACGCCUCUCAAUGUCGUUCGCCACACUGUCAAUAUCCAAACUGUCGAAAGGUUAAGGGACUUUUCCGGCACGGUAUGUUGUGCAAAGUUCGUGCUUCUGGUGGGUGUGUGCUCUGCAAGAAAAUGUGGUACCUUCUUCAACUUCAUGCUCGUGCGUGCAAAGAAUCUGAGUGCAAUGUUCCGAGAUGCAGAGACUUGAAGGAGCACAUGAGAAGGCUACAACAACAAUCUGAUUCCAGACGAAGAGCAGCUGUUAUGGAGAUGAUGAGACAACGUGCCGCGGAGGUUUCUACCAAUUCUUAA